UAUCAGCAGAACUUGUUGCAGAUCCACUGUCAUCUACAACCACUCUGCUGUGAUACAAUGGACAUUCCUAUCCAACUCUCCUGGCAUCGCCGUCACUGGUCCCCAGGCUUCUUCCCACAUCGGUUUUAUGACCAGUAUUUUGGAGAACACCUACCUGACAGUGAAUUUUUUUCACCCUUCUACACCAUGUUUUACUAUCGUCCUUAUUUCUGGCGCUUUCCAAAUUCGUGGGAUACUGCCAUGUCAGAGGUGCGAUCGGAAAGAGAUCGCUUUGUGAUCAACCUGGAUGUAAAGCACUUCACUCCAGAAGAACUGACAGUGAAGGUCAAUGACGAUUAUAUUGAGAUCCAUGGAAAACAUGAUGAACGACAGGAUGAGCAUGGCAUUGUGGUGAAAGAGUUUUACAGGAAGUAUAAGAUCCCAGCUGGUGUGGACCCAAGUGCCUUCACCUCCUCUCUGUCUGCUGAUGGGGUACUGACCAUUUGCGUACCUCGCCAACUGUUAGAGAUCCCUGAGCGCAACAUCUCCAUCACCUGUGGAGAAAAGCCAGCAGCGCAGAAAUAAACCUUUCCAUAGCUGCACCCCUGCUUAUCGUCUCCAAACAAGAUCCAGCAGCUCCAACAUACAGACAUAAGAUCACAUGCUUUAUUGUAGAAUCACAGAAUCUCAAAAUUUUGUGUAAACAGAAAUAUCUGUCCAAAUUAGAGUGAACAAUACAAUAUCAGACAAAAAACACACAGAAGAAUAGUCAGUAAGCGCAGGUUGUUAUACAAGUUUGGUUUGGUUUGUUAUAUUUAUGGCCUACAGUGCAGAGUUGUAUGUAAUCAUGUGGCUGACUUGGAUGGUAAUUGUAACAUUGGCUUUGGGAGGAAGCAAUUGAAAUGGGAUGUUGUGCAGCACUGGCCCUGUUUUUGGAAAUACACAGGUCAAAAUGUUGGGUAUAUAGGUCAAUAAUGGGAAAGUCAUCUGUCUUAGGCUAUGUUGUGUAUUUGAAUGUAAAGUUCACAAUAUAAGUAAACAAAACAUCUUUAUUUGAUACUGGGGUCUAAACCAAUGGACUAACUGAGUUGCAUGUGUUUUGCUGAUUAUUGUUGCACUUACUGGACAGCAAUAAAGUGAUGAAUAAAUGCAUGUGUCUAAUCUGUA